GCGUGUGCUUAACGCGCACUCCACCUUCGUCAUGAGUGUAAAGGUAAACUGUGACGGGGGCCCCCGCUGCCUGAGAAGAGGCUAAGAGCAACGACAGCGCCUCAGAGCUCUCAGAGCAACAGUCACUGUGCAUUGCAUUUGUCUCUAGUGAACACUAAUCCUCGACAUUUGACAACAUGGGUGACGCUGUUGCCGAUGCAUUGGAACAGCUCACAGCUGAUCAAAUCGAACAAUUCCGAAAAUACUUCAACAUGUUCGAUAAAGAAAACAAAGGCUAUAUCAAAGCUACACAGGUUGGACAAAUUCUUCGAACUAUGGGACAGGCAUUCGAAGAGCGUGAUUUGAAACAACUCAUCAAAGAAUUUGACACUGAUGGCUCUGGUGAAAUUGAGUUCGAAGAAUUCGCAGCUAUGGUGGCCAAUUUUGUGGUGAACAGUGAGGACAAUGAGGGUCUGGAAGAAGAGCUUCGCGAAGCAUUCCGACUUUAUGAUAAACAGGGUAACGGCUACAUCAAUGUCUCCGAUUUGCGAGACAUUCUACGAGCUUUGGAUGACAACGUGAGUGAGGAAGAAUUGGACGAAAUGAUCGCUGAAAUUGACACAGAUGGAAGUGGAACAGUCGACUUCGAUGAAUUCAUGGAGAUGAUGUCUGGAGAAUAAGAAACGUGCGGCCUGCUUUUCAUUCUUUCGUAAACCUUUUUGUAGCACUGGUCAAAUGUAUUGUCGAUGUUCAUGAUAAAAUAUUGAAA